GUUGACCUCUAGGUUUACAUGCAUUCGUAGAAUUCUCAAAAUUUUAGUUAGUUUGGAAAUAUUUGUUAAAAUGGCUUCUGCAGGAAAAAAAGGUAAAAAGAAUAAAGGAACAGUUAUAUCUUUGCAAUCGUUCCUAUCUAAUGAUGCACCAGUGGGAACCACACAAGUCUCAAAAAAAAUCCGAAAUUUGGAUGGCGAUGAUAGUGAUGAUGGAAGUAGCACAUUGCCCUUAGUAUAUCAGCUUCCAACCGCACCACGGGCAAAUCGGAUUUUUGAUGACAAUUCUGUUCCUCAUAAAGCCCCAUUUAUUGCUUACAUCAACAACUUGCCGUUUGAUGCAAAUGAGGAUGACCUUUACGAAUUUUUCGGUUGUAUUAAUUUAAUUUCUCUGAGACUGCCACGUGAGGAUGGCGAAAACGGUCGUUCAAGGGGCUUUGGCUAUGUGGAAUUAGAAAAUCGAGAAGAUUUAAUUCAUAUACUCAGUUUACCAGAUCCAUCAAUUAAAGGUCGCCGUAUUCGCAUUGAGCUAUCCAACGAAAAUGACCAACAAAACCGACAAAAAUCUAACAGGCGGUUUGAUGGCUUUGGCAAUAGUGGAGAUAAUAGAGACUCUGGUAACUGGAGGCGAGAUAGCCAAAAUAAUGGAAGUAGUUUUGGAUAUUCAUCCAAUUUUGACAGAAGCUUUAAUAGAGAAAGGAAACCGCUACCAGAAAGAGAAGAAACUAACACACCUGGAUCUUGGCGAACGAGCGCCAGACCUCAAUCUUUUGAUUCCUCGCCCACUCGGCGAGAUGUUAACAACGUAUCUGAAAAAUAUCGUGACGGUCGAGGCAGAAAUCCAGAGCGGUAUUCACGUGAAGAUACCUCCUUGAUAGAAGAGAGACCCAAGUUAAAUUUAAAACCACGAACUCUACCAUUACCCGAUUUAAAAAAAAAUGAUUUUGACAAAAUCGAUUUCGACGAGGGCAACUCGGCUAAACAAAGUGUAGCAUCAUCUGUAAAUGUAUUUGGCUCUGCAAAACCAGUUGACACAGCAGCUAGAGAAUUGGAGAUUGAGGAACGCUUGGCUUUAGCUCGAAAACAGGAUAAGAGUCGUCAAAGUGAGGAGUUUAUAAGUGACAAGCUUACUGAAGUCCAAAUUGAUAAAAAUGAUAAUGAAAGUUUGAAUUCAACGGCUACUUGGCGUCGAAGUCAAAACGAUAAAAGGGAAGACGAAAAAGCUAACAUGUCUCAAGAUGAAAAGCACCACGAAGAAGUGACUCAGAAAUAUAAUCAUCCCCGAGAGCGAAUUGACAGACUAGAGAAGUUAAAAGAAAAAGCGAAUACGAACGGAGGGAGCAAGAUUCAAGAGGAUUACAAACGUAAUGACCGUUCACUGCCGAAGAAUAUUCCCCAAAAUGAACCAGUUUUUCAGUCUACUAAUAAAUAUUCUGGGCUUGACGACGAUGGAUCGGAAUAAAAUAUUUGUCCUUAUUAUAAAUAAUUAAAAAUUAAAGAAAGCAUGUAUAGCAUAAUUUACAAAAAAAAAAAAAAAAAC